AUGAUAAGCUUCUUAUGGCUAUUGAUGGCCAUGACCUACUCUACCACCAGCGCAAUCGAAGCCCCACUGGCGAUGGGACAACCAACAGCAAACCCGCAACAGGCGAACGUGCCACCCCGUCCCAUGGCCCAAUCAUCCGCCGGCCAACAGCCAUUCUUAUCCCAACAGCAGCAGGCUCCCUCGAUGGCUGGAGCCAUGCCAGCAGCCGGGAUGGCCGCCCAAGAGACCGGAGCUUUCCCAAAGCCAAGUCUUGCCUCGCAAUCCACGCCAUUGCAAGAUCCCUAUCCAGCUCAGGAACUACCAGCCUUGGGAUCGUAUUCGCCCAAUGCUGCCACAGGAAUGAUGAGGAACCAGUCACCAGCGAUGAAUGACGCGAUGACGAUGACCCCGCCUCAGUCCAUGACUUCACCUCAGACUAUGACCCCGGCUCAGAUGAUGAUGAAUCCGCCUCAGGGCAUGACCCCGGCUCAGACAACGAUGAACUCGCCUCAAGCAACGAUGAACUCGCCUCAAGCAAUGAUGAGUCCGCCCCAGACAACGACGAGCCCUCCUCAGACAACGACGACCCCUCCCCAGACAAAGAUGCCAUUCGAUUUCUCUACGUUCAUGCCAACUCCGAAGAGCAAACAGCCAACAGAAAGCCAACCCAUGUACUCGAUGAAGCAAGCCUCAAACGCUACCAACUCGACGCCGUCUGCCCUGCCCGCCUCAGGCAUGACCCCCAGCCCAGCCGAACAAAUGACUAAUAAUAGUCAAGCGUUGAAUACCAGCAUGGUCGAGACCAAGUACAACAAGAAGAAGAUGAACGCAUCAUCAAACUCCAAGAACCAGACCAUGCCAGCUACGAAAAACCAGACCCUGUUGGCCACCGACAACCAGACAUCGAUAGCUGCACCAAAUCCACCCAUGCCCACUGCCGCCAAUCAGACUCAAUCAGCCAUGACACCACCGGCCACGAAGUCCAAGGCAAAGACGCCGCCACCGAUGGAGAUGGCCGCCGGACAACAGAUGAACAACACGACUGAGAUCCCCCCGGCUGGAGCAGCCGCACCCCCACUGACAAAUCAAGCCUCUCCAAAGGCCAUGAAGUCGGCCCCCUUGAUCGCAACCUCUUCUGCCGCCAAACUCGCUGGCUUCUCUUCAAACACUACAUCAACACCAUCUGUCGAAAACUUCGACUCUUCUGCUACUCCGGAUAUCGCCCAGCUCAUUAACGCCCAAGAUGACCUCAAGGCUGUCGAGUUGAUCAACCAGUUAAGGGCCGCUUCCAAACUCAAAUUGUCCAAUCAUCAGCUUGGUAAUCAGACCAUCUUUUUGAACAGUUUGACAGCCGAACAAAAAGCGAUCUUGGACAGCAAGAUCAAGAGUCUAACCCUGACGCCCACGCAACUCCAACUGGAACGAAACUACCUCAGUACGUUUGUUUCUGAUUCCGACAGGAUGGCCCAUCAAGCCGGGUUCGACGCGAUCAAGCGAUUCUUGACCCCCGAAGCACAGAGAGGAUUCGACCCAUCUGAGGGCAUGAAAAGUCUACAACUCACUGAGAACCAGAAAUAUCUGUACGAGGAAGGCUCACGAGAAUACUUGGAGGACCCAGGAAUGCGUAGCCAAUCUGGCCCUAGCAUGCAGUCGAGCCACUCGAUGGUCCUCUUUGCGCUCCUCUUCUCUGGUCUGUUGAUGAGCAACAUCUAAUCUUCCACUUGUGAUACUGGACUUUUCUUGUUUUUUUCAGAAAGCGCCUCAUCUCAAAAUUCAUCUCUUACAUAUCUCAUAUAUCAUGUAUGCUUGUUGUUGUUUUUGUUGAACGGUUUAUAUUGAAAACUAUUAAUAUUACAUUUAUAUAUAGAUAAUCACAUAUGACUAGUUGUUUGAAUCCAAGGAAAGUUUUCUUCUCUUCAGGAAUUACAAUGUACUCAAGGGGAAAAAGAAAAUGGAUUUGUCAAAUGAAACAUGUCUUCUUCACUGGAUCGAUAUUCUCAAUGAGAGGAGACCUACAUUUUGCACACGAACAUAUCUUUUGUUGUGUAGUU